UCCUGUGUCGGCUGCGGUAGCUACCCGAGGAAGAAUGGGCGGCUGGAUGUGGCGUCGCUGCUUUUUUGGGCCUCAUCUCCAGAGAGUUCACCGUUCACAGGAGCAGUCCCGACCCGAAGGAAGAGCUGGGAGGAGGGGAUGGACUUAUCAACCCAAGAGCCUGGAGAAACACACAGACAGCAUCCUCGGAUGGGCGUCAGCCCUGUGGUCUCUGUCGUACUACAGCUCCCCUCUCCUCCUCUGCUACCUUUACAGAAAAGGGUACAUCUGCAGCAGUAAGCUGGUCCCAGUCAGUCAGUAUGUGGGAACAGUAAUGGUUUGUCUCCUGGGAGUCGCCUGCCUGAGAGGUUGGGGGCGGUGGAGGAACUCUGAGUAUCAACAGUUCAUCUCCAUUCUGGAGGAAACCAGGAAGAACCACACGCCUAGCAACAAGAAAAAACUGUCCUGCUAUGAUUUUGACUUCUCUCACUGGCCGGCAGACUUCAGCUGGAAAGAAGUUAGCAAUCCGAAGCUGCUGUCCAAGGCAGGAGUGUCUCUACUGAAGCCAGAGCCCAAACUGAGAGGGACAGCAGACAGCAUGCUCAACUCUUUACGCACUCUACCAUGCCACAUCAUCAGUUUUCUGAUUGCCCACUCGUUUGGGAGGAGGAUGCUGUACCCUGGCUCUGUAUACCUACUGCAGAAGGCUAUGAGACCCAUGCUACAACAGGGCCAAGCUAGACUUAUAGAAGAGUGUGAGGGCCAGAGGAACAAGCUGGUGGCGUGUGAUGGGAAUGAGAUUGAUACCAUGUUUGUGGACCGCAGGGGUGACGAAGGACAGCACGGACAGACUCUGGUGAUCUGCUGUGAGGGCAACGCAGGCUUCUAUGAGGUGGGCUGUAUGAACACUCCAUUGGAAGGUGGAUACUCGGUGCUUGGCUGGAACCACCCUGGCUUUGCAGGAAGCACGGGCGUACCGUUCCCCCAGAACGAGGCCAAUGCCAUGGAUGUAGUGAUCCAGUUUGCAGUGCACAAGCUGGGCUUCCAGCUCAGUGACAUAGUGGUGUAUGCCUGGUCCAUAGGGGGAUUCACAGCCAGUUGGGCGGUGAUGUCCUAUCCAGAGAUCCAAGCACUGGUGUUGGACGCCUCCUUUGAUGACCUGCUGCCUCUGGCCCUCAAAGUCAUGCCCGACAGCUGGAGGCCGCUGGUGACACACACAGUCAGGCAGUACAUGAACCUCAACAGCGCAGAUCAGCUCUGCAAGUAAGUGCAACACUCUUUACUC